AUAAACCAAAAGGGACAUCAUAAGCUCGCUCUGAAAAGGUUUCCACAAUUCCUUCGCCAAAAUCCCACUGGGCGCAACUCAAACUACAUCUCCGGCGACUCUCCAUACUGCAGCUGAGUUUUUCUUUCUCCGGUGCCUUGCUAUCUAUUCGCGACUAUGCUUGCGGCUAGACUUUUCGGGAGGGCUCUCUUGGCUGCGGCGAAAUCCGAGUCUUCAGGGGCUGCAGCUGCUUCCGGUACUGCAGUGAGGGAAGCAGUUCAGAACCCUCUCGAGCAGUUCUUUGAGGUUGAUAGAAGUGUAGAUGAUGAAAAGCCUGUUGUAUAUGGUCGGAGCUGGAAGGCAUCUGAGCUGCGUCUCAAGUCUUGGGAUGAUCUUAACAAGCUAUGGUAUGUACUUCUCAAGGAGAAGAAUAUGUUGAUGACUCAACGGCAGAUGCUUUAUGCUCAGAACUUGAGAUUUCCAAAUCCAGAACGUAUUUCUAAGGUAAGGAAGUCUAUGUGCCGAAUCAAGCAUGUGCUGACAGAGAGAGCAAUUGAUGAGCCUGAUCCGAGGAGGUCUUCUGAGAUGAAAAGAAUGAUAAAUGGCCUAUAAAAAGCAUCAGCCAUUGUUAAACUAUAGCUGUCCCUGGCUCCAAUGGCUACAACCAUGGAUAAAAGUUCACAGUUUUAACAUUCAGUUUCUGAAAAUUUGUGUUGCUAAGUUUUGUUAGAUCUCUGGACAUACUUUAGACACACUAUCUGCUAAUUAUUGUAUCAAAAAUAGGAGAAGAUUCUAAAUAACUUGAGCUGUUUCUCUCGUAUGUGAUGCAUCACUUAUCUUAAUCAUGGAAAAUUAUUUGUUUGCUUUA